AUGGGUCGGACGGUCCUCCACGCGCCGAGUCCCCAGGAGUCGAGCAUCCUGAACCUCUUCAUUUGCAUUGGCGGGAUCUACAUCUGUUAUCUCAGCUAUGGCAUCUUUCAGGAAAACAUUUUCACGUACCGAUCGCCAAGUGGUGGCAAGUUUACUGCGACGCUCUUCAUGCUGUUCGUGCAGUGCGUCACAAACUCACUCGUGGCUUAUGCUGCCACAUUCGUGUGGAAGCCUGAGCGGACUCGGAUGCCGCUGGGUCCUUUCGCCUUUACGGCUGCAGCCUAUCUAGGCGCUAUGUUGUGCAGUAACGAGGCGCUCAAACACGUGAGCUUUCCGACACAAGCGCUGGGGAAAUCAUGCAAGAUGAUUCCUGUCAUGCUCAUGGGCGUGCUCAUUCGGCGCAAGAAAUACACUCUGCGGGACUACAUUUGUGUCCUGGCAAUCACAACGGGCAUUGCGAUUUUCCAGCUUGGAAAAACCUCGGCAAAACAUGCCGAGCGGGAGAAUAGCUCGUACGGGUUGCUGCUGCUCUUUGCCUCCCUGACGCUCGAUGGCAUCUCAGGCCCCAAACAGGAGGAGAUUGCGCACCAGCUGCGUCCGUCGGUGCACCAGCAGAUGCUCAAUACCAACCUAUGGGCCAUUGUUUACACGGGCAUCGGUGCGCUCGUUACGGGUCAGGCGCUCGAGGGCUUCUUCUUUUGCAUCGAGAAUCCGGCCAUCCUCAACUCGGUCUUUUACUUCUCCGUGUGCAGCGCGCUGGGGCAGAAUUUCAUUUAUUUCACCAUCCAGCAGUUCUCGGCGCUUACGUGUACUACGAUCACCACGACGCGCAAGUUUUUCACGAUUCUCUUCUCGGUGGUCUGGUACGGCCACGAACUCAGUCCGAUGUCGUGGCUCGGUGUGGCUGUCGUGUUCCUUGGCCUGGGGUGGGAGCUCUCUAGCAAGUAUCAGAAGUACCAAACGCAGGGUGCCAAGCUGACUUGA